UCCAGUAGCCGCUCAAGGACGCAGCAAUCGGAGCCGUUGCUGUACUGGCCAUGCUAUGUCGCCCACUCUAAACGACGGCGAGGUCCAUGAGUGCCUCGGACACACGUUAGCGCCCGUUCCAUCUCUAGCUCGUACAAUGAGCCGAGGCUCUCACCCCCAAACUUAUGGUCGUGGCCAUCCUCCACGUUCCUCCACAUUUCCCCAGCAUCUCUUUUCCUCUCAUCCCACAUUAACACAUAGAUUCGCCCAUCUCACAAUGGCACCGGUUCCAGAUUGGGUCAAGCAAUUGAAGCCCUCGGGGCCUCAAGGCUCGGAGCUUCUUGCCACCGAGCGUGCCAAGAGCAACAUUCCGGUCCAGAAGCUACAAGAGCUAUUGCUUACAAGAGAGACAAUUGAGAGGCGGCAGAGGAUACUGGCUAUCCUCAAGUCUGAAAAAGUCUUUGACAAAUCCCAAAACUACUUCUCUGGCAGAGUUGAUCGAUUUGAGAGAGCCCUUGCGAGGGAGAAGAAGCUGCAGCUGCUGAGACAGAAGCAUAAUUGGUCGACCGAUGAGGUCCGAACUGCAAUGGAGCUUGUUGGAGAGCCUGGACCGUACGCUCUCCACGAGGGUAUGUUCAAAGUGACCAUUCGUGAGCAAGGUACCCCCGAACAACACAAAUUAUUCGGACAGCCUGCAGAAGACUACAAAAUCAUCGGAUGUUACGCCCAAACGGAGCUGGGUCAUGGAUCCAACGUCCGUGGCCUUGAGACUACCGCCACUUGGAACCCUGAAGACAAGACAUUUACCCUCCACUCACCACACUUGACCGCUAGCAAGUGGUGGAUUGGUUCUCUCGGGCGAACAGCGAACCAUGCCUGUGUCAUGGCACAACUUGUCAUCAAUGGAAAGCCAUAUGGUCCCCACCCCUUUGUCGUUCAAAUCAGAGAUCUGAAGACCCACGAACCUUUGCCAAAUAUCCAUGUUGGCGAUAUCGGGCCCAAAUUCGGUUACAAUACCAUGGAUAACGGGUUUCUGCUGUUCAACCAUGUCAAGAUUCCCUACGUCUCCAUGCUGGCACGCUUUUCUCAGGUUGACCCCAAAACGAACAAGUACGUUCGUCAAGGUAGCCCAUCCCUUAUUUACGGCACCUUGACCUACAUUCGAUCCACUAUUGUCAUGCAGGCAGGAUCUGUGCUUGCUCGUGGUGUGACCAUCGCCACACGGUACGCGGCUAUCCGCCGUCAGUUCCAAGAUCGGGACGCCCCAGAGUGGGAGAAGAGUGAAAAUCAAGUUCUCAAUUACACCAUGGUGCAGAUUCGUCUCUUGCCUCUCCUUGCAGCUACAUUUGCCUUGCACUUUACCGGCAAGGGUAUGCAGAAGCAGUACGAGGACAACCAGAAGCGCAUGAGCCAGGGAAAUGCCAACAAAGAAACGGGCAACAGAGGUGCCGGACCCGAAGAAACCCAAUCCGGAAGUGAUACCCUUGCGGAUCUGCAUGCUACUUCCUGUGGUUUGAAGGCGUUAUCUAGUACCAUCGCAGCCGAAGGUCUUGAGGUCUGCCGUAGGGCAUGCGGAGGACAUGGCUAUUCCAGCUUCAGCGGAAUUGGAUCUUGGUAUGCGGACUACCUUCCAACCACUACUUGGGAAGGCGACAACUACAUGCUGACACAGCAAGUUGCACGUUAUCUUCUCAAAUCUGCGCGUAGUGUACUUUCUGGCCAACCACCGUCAAACGACACCACCCGCAUUUUGUCUGAAUUCAAGUCACGCGCUAACAUUGGCUGCGCUUUCGAUAUUCUCGGUUCUGAUGAGGAUAUCGUUGCGGCCUUCGCCUGGCGCGCUUCGUUCCUCACCUUUGAAGCCUCCAAGCACCGCGACGAGCAAAAGAAGCCCUGGAACGAUCUCCUCGUGGACUUCUACCGCCUCUCCAAAGCCCACAGCCAAUACCUCGUGAUGAAGAACUUCUACGAAGCCCUCAAAAACCCCUCAAACACGACCCAACUCGACGAAGAAACCGUUUCAGUCCUCUGGUCUCUCUUCCGUCUCCACGCCCUGCACACCCUCGAGCAAGAAGGUUCCGAAUUCUACGCCAGCGGUGCGUGCAGCAAGCACCAAAUCAUGCUCGCACGCACCAACACCGUCAUGGCUCUCCUCAAGGAAAUCAGACCCCAUGCGUUGAGACUCGUCGACAGCUGGGGCUUCGAGGAUUGGGUGUUGGAUUCUAGCUUGGGCAGGUACGAUGGUAAAGUUUAUGAAGAUAUGUUUUAUCGUGCCAGCCAGUUGAAUCCGUUGAACGAUGUUACUGUGGAUCCGUAUCCGGAGAGCGAGGUAAUGUUCAAGAAGGUUGGUGGGUUGGCCAAGAGUAAGCUGUAG